CAUGUGUGCUAUUUCUCAAUUAGGUAAGCAUAUGAUGAUAUUGAACAGCUAUAAUGCAUAUUCUCCACCCCAUUUCAUCUCAAAUUGAUUACACCUAUCUCUAUCUUCUCAGCGACCAUGUCUAGUGUCAAGCAACUGGACUCUCGUGUAAGAAGUUUAAUAGAAAAUGGUGUAAAAGGAAAUCACAGAUCUUUUUUUGUUUUAGUCGGUGAUCGUGGUAGAGAUCAAAUAGUAAAUCUCCACUAUUUCCUCUCACAGGCAAGAUCUAGUAGUCGUCCAUCCGUUCUCUGGUGCUACAAGAAAGACCUUGGCUUCACCUCCCACAGGAAGAAACGUGAACAGAAGAUAAAGCGUGACGUUAAGCGAGGCAUUAGAGAACCAAAUGAGGCGAGCCCAUUCGAGUUAUUUGUGUCUGUGACCGAUAUACGUUACACAUAUUACAAGGAUACUCCUAAAGUACUCGGUCAGACUUUUGGUAUGCUUGUUUUGCAGGAUUUCGAGAGUAUCACCCCAAAUUUGUUGGCUAGAACUAUAGAGACUGUAGAAGGUGGUGGUACAGUCGUUUUACUCCUCAAGACUAUGUCCUCUCUUAAGCAGCUCUACAGCAUGUCGAUGGACGUUCACCAGAGAUACAGAACUGAGUCACAACAGAAUCCAGUAUCACGCUUCAACGAGAGAUUCAUUCUCUCCCUCGGUGCGAACCCAAGCUGCCUUGUGCUUGACGACGAACUCAACGUUCUCCCGAUAUCCAAAGGAAAGGACAUCAAGCCAGUACAAGCGCCACCAAAGAAGAAUGCAGAGUUAGAUAUCAUUAAGGAAGAGCUGAAAAGUACAGACAUCGUUGGCUCACUAGUUAAAUCUACAAAAACAGUCGACCAGGCAAAGUCUUUGCUUACUUUUGUCGAAGCUAUAGCUGAGAAGACACUCUCCUCAACCGUCACUCUCACAGCUGGUCGUGGUCGUGGUAAAUCCGCCGCACUCGGUUUGGCAAUGGCGGCAGCCCUUGCGCACGGAUAUUCAAACGUCUUCGUCACUUCUCCAACUCCUGAGAACUUGCGCACUCUUUUUGAAUUCCUCUUCAAAGGUCUUGACGGACUCGGUUAUGAAGAGCACUUGGAUUAUGAUAUUGUACAAUCUGCCAACCCAGAUUUCCAGAAAGCCAUUGUUAGGGUGAACAUUUUCAAGCACCACCGUCAAACUAUCCAGUACAUCCAGCCACAAGAUGCUCACGUACUUGGACAAGCUGAAUUGGUUGUUAUCGAUGAAGCUGCAGCCAUCCCACUUCCUCUCGUGAGGAACUUGAUUGGUCCAUACCUCGUUUUCAUGUCUUCGACCAUCAACGGUUAUGAAGGUACUGGUAGAUCGCUCUCACUCAAACUCAUCCAACAGCUCAGAGAGCAAACAAGGCCAACGAUCUCCAAGGAGACCAACGAUGGUCCAACGAAGAAGAAGGGCCAACCAGAAGGUGCAACAACAGCUGGAAAAGCUAGAACCUUGAGAGAAUUAAAGCUCGAAGAACCUAUUAGAUACUCACCAGGUGAUGAAGUUGAGAAAUGGCUCAACGGGUUACUUUGUUUGGAUGCUACCGUUACUAGCAAAGCCGCAUUAAAGGGUACACCACAUCCAAGUACCUGCCAGUUAUUCUACGUCAAUAGAGACACACUCUUCAGUUACCACCCAGCAUCUGAAGCUUUCUUGCAGCGUAUGAUGGGAUUGUAUGUUGCAUCACACUACAAGAACUCACCAAAUGAUCUUCAAUUGAUGUCGGACGCACCUGGUCACGCACUCUUCGUUCUCUUGCCACCGCUUAGGGGUGAUGAGACGAGUCUUCCUGAACCACUCGUUGUUCUUCAAGUAGCAUUCGAAGGUCAGAUCAGUAAGGAGAGCAUUCUUAAUGCACUUAGUAAGGGUCAAAGAGCAGGUGGUGAUCUCAUUCCUUGGUUAGUAUCACAACAAUUCCAAGACGAGAAUUUCGCACAAUUAUCCGGUGUUCGUAUCGUUAGAGUUGCCAGUCACCCUGACUACUCCAACAUGGGUUACGGUAGUCGCGCACUCGAACAACUCAACUCAUUCUUCUCCGGUGAACUCUACGAAGGUAGCGGUGAAGACAACGCCGAUGAAGUUUUCGAUAGAUCUGAAGAUAGUGGCGAUCUAAUGUCUGACAAUAUUAAGGUUCGUGAUGCGUCAUCUAUGCCACCACUUUUGCAACGUUUAAGUGAGAGAAAACCUGAAAAAUUGGAUUAUUUAGGUGUUUCAUAUGGUAUGACUGAGAACCUUCUCAGAUUCUGGAAGAGAAGAGGAUAUGUUCCACUUUACAUUCGUCAAACAGCCAACGAGCUUACUGGUGAACAUUCAUGUAUGAUGAUCAGAGGUCUCAACAGUAGUACGGAGGAGACAGCAGGUUGGUUGUCUGCCUUUGCACAAGAUUUCCGUCGCCGUUUCUUGAGUUUACUCAGUUACAAAUUCAGGGAGUUCCCAUCACUCACCGCUCUCACCGUACUUGAAGCAGCGGCUAUUGGAACAAAUGAUGAGGAAGGUGGAGAGGAGUUGUCGGCUAAUGAGCUCCGUUACUUUAUGUCUCCUUUCGAUAUGAAGAGAUUGGAAAGCUACGCCUCAAACAUGCUCGAUUACCACGUUAUCGUUGAUUUAUUACCACAUAUCGCUAUGUUCUACUUCACAAAACGCUUUGGAGAUGAGAAGCUGAGCGCCGUUCAGUCAUCUAUCUUAUUAUCACUUGGUUUGCAAAGGAAGCAAAUUGAGGAUGUUGAGGCAGAAUUAGACGUGCCAGUAUCACAAGCACUUGCACUCUUCAUGAAGAGUAUCAGAAGAAUGACUAAGCGUCUGCAAGAUGUCGAGAAGCAAUCCAUCGGGGAGAGUAUCCCAACUGCGUCAACUCAGAUUGUAAGAAAAACGGAUGGUGGUACAGCUGACUGGUCACGUGUUGAUCAGGAUAUUGAGGAGGAGCUCGAUGAAGCUGGUAGAGAGGCACUCAAGACGGCCAAGAGAGACGCAAUUGAUAGUCUUGACAUGAAGAAAUACGCACUUCCACAGAAUGACGAUGACUGGAAGGAUGCAGAAGUGGCAGUUGAUCAAGGAAAGACUAGCGUGUCUGUUAAGAAGCGUAAAGGUGACGACAGCCCAGAGAAGGCAGCCAAGAAGAGCAAGAAGAGAACAUCCAAGGGUGGAUCAAAGUAAAUGUAGCUUUAAA